AUGAUAAACCUAUUCCCUAAAAUACAGGACAAUCAAUAUAAUCGUCAAUCUUGGGGAGGCCUCCUAUUUCUCAUAACCCUCAUUUGUAUUGUCUUCAUGAUAUGGACUGAAAUUACAAAUGCCUACAAGGGGAAAAUCUCAUUGCAAGUAGACUCAACUAUUGAUUCUAGGAUUAGAGUAAAUUUGGAUGCAAUCAUCUAAGCUCCCUGCCAAGCAUUGACAUUAAACAUUCAAGAUAUGAUGGGCUCCUAUUUAUAAGAUGUAUAACAAACUGUUAUAAAAACACCACUUAUCGAAGCUAAUUUAGAGGAGGUGAAAUAAUAGCAAGAGGUAAACUUUACAUCUUGUUACGGUGCUGAGUUGCUUGUGAAUCAAAAAUGUUUUAGUUGCCAAGAUGUUAUGAUGGCAUUUGCUUAAAGAAGAUGGAAAUAGCCUAAAUUUGAAAGUAUAAUUUAAUGUGUUGGCCAACCUACUGUUUAAUUUGAUGACUAAGAAUUGCUGUAGUUCUAAAAAGUUGAUUUUAAUCACAAAAAAUAACUUCAGCUGACUAAAAAUAAAUUGAUUAAUAUUACUGCUGCUUAGUUAUUUAAACAAUCUAUAGAAUUGGAUGACAAUGACGCCACCAAUUAAAAUUUGACUUAAGAAUAGAGAGGCAAGUUCAGGAAAGCUUUGGAUCUACUCACAGAAUUUAGUUAUAAUCCUAUGCAAUGGGAUGAACAGAGAUUGUAAGAAGAAAAGAAUAAAUAAUUCGAUUAGUUGAUUAACAUGCUAAAUAUAUCUAUGGAUCAUAUUUUUGGAGGUAAUUUAGCUAGUCAACUACGUUUCUCUGAUAGAGAAAGAGUUCUGGCUUUUAAAAACCUCACGAAAGAUGUUGUACAAUUAACUGAAAUUUAUAGAUAAAAAUGUGACACUCCUUUAUAAAUAUCCUUAAACGCUACAUAUGGUGAUGAAUCAAUUGUUGAGUACUUUGAAAUCAAGAUGGCUAAAAGUGAGUGUUCAAUUCCAUUCUAUUACUUUACAAAUGAGGACAUUAUGAUCAUCAAAGUGUAAGGAUUAUCAUUGGAAUGGUAGAUUGUUUAGUGAACCAUUCAAAGUUGAACAGCCAUCUUACUCAAAUAUUGAGCCCUCAGAUAUUUAAGGACAUAUUAAUGAAGCAUGCAGAUUUUUUGGUUAUUUUUAUAUUAAGAAGGUUCCUGGAAUCUUUGCUAUAUAAUCAAAUCAAUAAGCCAUGGAUUUUAUUAAUAGAACANAUUCAACCUCAAGUAUUUCUGGAUUUCAAAUUGUUGGAUCUCAGUCAGUGGCUCUGGUUAGGUUAAUAAAACUAUCAUGUCAAGUCUUGCAAUCAGAAUAUGCAUUCCCAUUGAAUAUCGAAUAGUAUUAACAGAUAAAGAAUAAAUUAAAUUAAUGAUAAACCUAUUCCCUAAAAUACAGGACAAUCAAUAUAAUCGUCAAUCUUGGGGAGGCCUCCUAUUUCUCAUAACCCUCAUUUGUAUUGUCUUCAUGAUAUGGACUGAAAUUACAAAUGCCUACAAGGGGAAAAUCUCAUUGCAAGUAGACUCAACUAUUGAUUCUAGGAUUAGAGUAAAUUUGGAUGCAAUCAUCUAAGCUCCCUGCCAAGCAUUGACAUUAAACAUUCAAGAUAUGAUGGGCUCCUAUUUAUAAGAUGUAUAACAAACUGUUAUAAAAACACCACUUAUCGAAGCUAAUUUAGAGGAGGUGAAAUAAUAGCAAGAGGUAAACUUUACAUCUUGUUACGGUGCUGAGUUGCUUGUGAAUCAAAAAUGUUUUAGUUGCCAAGAUGUUAUGAUGGCAUUUGCUUAAAGAAGAUGGAAAUAGCCUAAAUUUGAAAGUAUAAUUUAAUGUGUUGGCCAACCUACUGUUUAAUUUGAUGACUAAGAAUUGCUGUAGUUCUAAAAAGUUGAUUUUAAUCACAAAAAAUAACUUCAGCUGACUAAAAAUAAAUUGAUUAAUAUUACUGCUGCUUAGUUAUUUAAACAAUCUAUAGAAUUGGAUGACAAUGACGCCACCAAUUAAAAUUUGACUUAAGAAUAGAGAGGCAAGUUCAGGAAAGCUUUGGAUCUACUCACAGAAUUUAGUUAUAAUCCUAUGCAAUGGGAUGAACAGAGAUUGUAAGAAGAAAAGAAUAAAUAAUUCGAUUAGUUGAUUAACAUGCUAAAUAUAUCUAUGGAUCAUAUUUUUGGAGGUAAUUUAGCUAGUCAACUACGUUUCUCUGAUAGAGAAAGAGUUCUGGCUUUUAAAAACCUCACGAAAGAUGUUGUACAAUUAACUGAAAUUUAUAGAUAAAAAUGUGACACUCCUUUAUAAAUAUCCUUAAACGCUACAUAUGGUGAUGAAUCAAUUGUUGAGUACUUUGAAAUCAAGAUGGCUAAAAGUGAGUGUUCAAUUCCAUUCUAUUACUUUACAAAUGAGGACAUUAUGAUCAUCAAAGUGUAAGGAUUAUCAUUGGAAUGGUAGAUUGUUUAGUGAACCAUUCAAAGUUGAACAGCCAUCUUACUCAAAUAUUGAGCCCUCAGAUAUUUAAGGACAUAUUAAUGAAGCAUGCAGAUUUUUUGGUUAUUUUUAUAUUAAGAAGGUUCCUGGAAUCUUUGCUAUAUAAUCAAAUCAAUAAGCCAUGGAUUUUAUUAAUAGAACAUUUCAAGGCAAUCACACUUUCAAGUUAACAUUUGGAGAAUAACCGUAAACUCAAACAGAAACAAAUAGUGAAUUUUCUUCAAAAUAUUAUUUAAAACUAGUCACUACUAAUAGUAUUGAUAUGUGGAAUAAUCAAAAUGUCUAUUAUACAUUUACACAAUAGAGGUCUCUUUACAAUGCUACGACUGCUCCUUUCAUCGAAUUCCAUUAUGAAUUUGAUCCUAUUUCUAUGACUAUUCAAUCCACUACAAUAAAAAAUUAUCUAGUUUUAGUUUUUGCUGUUAUAGGAGGUGUUUUUGCUGUUAGUAAAUAUAUUGCAGGUCUCUUGAUGAUGUUAAUAUGA